AGUCUACCCCUACGAGUGAAGGAAGGCUCAGUCUAGGGGCUGGGCGGGUCGUCCAAUCCCAGCCUCGCUGGGCUCUUUUCCCCCUGGGGCCCGCUCUAGGAAGGUGGCGCUGUGGCUUCCCAGAGACCUUUGAGCUCCUCAGCGGCCGUGCACAAGUACAGCGAGCCUCACCCCUCUUCCUUUCCUCCCGCCCACCACGGGCGCCUCAGAGGCUGCGCGCGCACCUUUCCAGACGCGACCAGACGCGGGAAAAGGGAAAGCUCGGAGGCUGCGAGGCACUCGCCGCACGCGUCACGCUCGCGCUCCCCUUCCUGCCCUGGGCGCGAGCCAGGGAGCAGCGGUUCUCUCGGCUGUUGUGGGGACUCCAACCGCUAACGGCCCUGCGGCGGAAGCGGCACUAGCAGCCUCGGAGGAGGGGGGCCCGUUGUGAAUCCUCGAACUAACGCGGCCGGCGCCCACCCGCCCUCGGCCUCUCCCUCCCCUCUCCUUUCCCGCAGACUUCGGCUCGGUGCCUGCCCCCUCCCCGGGUGGGGAGAAGAAGUAGAAGUAGGAGUAGGAGAGAAAGGAAAGAAAAAAAAGGAUGCUGCAAGCGUUUAUCGGGGUGCUCUUGGGGAAGGCGAAGGCGUACGUACGCACCAAGGAGUUCCGGCAGUACGUGAAGAGCACGCACUUCUGGGGCCCAGUGGCCAACUGGGGCCUGCCGCUGGCCGCCUUCAAGGACAUGAGGGCGUCGCCCGAGAUCAUCAGCGGCCGCAUGACGCUGGCGCUCAUCCUCUACUCGCUGGCCUUCAUGCGCUUCGCCUACCGCGUGCAGCCCCGCAACUGGCUGCUGCUGUCGUGCCACGGCACCAACGUGCUGGCGCAGAGCCUGCAGGCGCGGCGCUACGUGCAGUACCAUCGUGGCGAGUCCCCGCCGCCCGAGUGCGCCUGCUCGCCGCUGCCGCCCGCGUAGGCCGCCCGUGGGCGCCGGGGCCGAGGGGCCCGCCUGCCCAGGGAAUGGAUUUGUUUUUGACGGCCAGAGCCUUGAACCUCGUCUCGUCUUGCAUUAUCACAACCCCCACCCCUCCUUUAAAAAAAAUCUAUUAUUUUUUAAACUGGAAAAAGAAAGAUUAGAUAUUUGUGUGAGACUGACCUUUCAAAACAACCCUCUUCUAAAAAAAAAAACCAACCCAAAUUCGUUCCUGAGAAUCUCUUGGGUUUCCCCGGGAGACUUAUUCUUCCAUUCUCAGUCCGUAGUUAUUAAUUAUUAGUUAAUUAAAAAGAAAAAAGAAA